AAAAAGUACAAUUCCAAAAUUGCUACGUACUAAGUCAGUAACAUUCAGGGAUAUGUUGAAGCAGCAUCUCUCUCUGUUCUUGGUUUCUAGGAGCUGCGUCAUGGAAACUCUCACUGAAGCAAAUGGCACCUUUGCCAUUAGGCUUUUAAAGAUACUCUGUCAAGACAACCCUUCGCACAACGUGUUUUAUUCUCCCAUGAGCAUCUCCUCUGCCCUGGCCAUGGUCCUCCUGGGGGCAAAGGGAAGCACUGCGGCCCAGAUGGCCCAGGUGCUUUCUUUAAACACAGAGAAAGACAUUCAUCAGGGUUUCCAGUCGCUUCUCACCGAAGUGAACAAGCCUGGCACCCAGUACUUGCUUAGAACAGCCAACAGGCUCUUUGGAGAGAAGACUUGUAAAUUCCUUGCACCCUUUAAGGAGUCCUGUCUUCAGUUCUAUCAUGCUGAGCUGAAGCAGCUUUCUUUUGUCAAAGCUGCAGAAGAGUCCAGGAGACACAUCAACACUUGGGUCUCAAAAAAGACUGAAGGUAAAAUUGAAGAGUUGUUGCCGGGUAACUCGAUUGAUGCACACACCAGGCUGGUUCUUGUCAACGCCAUCUACUUCAAAGGAAGGUGGAACGAGCAGUUUGACAAAACAUGCACCAAAGAAAUGCCUUUUAAAAUAAACCAGGAGGAGCAGAGGCCGGUGCAGAUGAUGUUCCAGGAAGCCACGUGCAAGAUCGCCCACGUGGGCGAGGCGCGCGCGCAGGUGCUCGAGCUGCCCUACGCGGGCGCCGAGCUGAGCCUGCUGGUGCUGCUGCCCGACGACGGCGUGGAGCUGCGCUCGGUGGAGGAAAAUCUCACUUUUGAGAAAUUCACAGCCUGGACCAAGCCAGACUCAAUGGAGAGUACAGAAGUUGAGGUUUUCCUUCCAAAAUUUAAACUGCAGGAGGAUUACGACAUGGAAUCUGUGCUUCAGCGUUUGGGAAUGGUAGAUGUCUUUCAGCGGGGCAAGGCUGACUUGGCAAUGUCGGCGGAGAGAGACCUGUGUCUGUCCAAGUUUGUGCACAGGAGUUUGGUGGAGGUGAACGAAGAGGGCACAGAGGCCGCGGCGGCCUCGGCCAUGCUGGUUGUGGAGUGCUGCAUGGAAUCCGGGCCGCGGUUCUGCGCCGACCACCCCUUCCUUUUCUUCAUUCGGCACAACAAAGCCAACUGCCUUCUGUUCUGCGGCAGGUUCUCAUCUCCAUAAGGGGCGUGCACUCCACGAGGGGUGCACUUACUGUGCACACCGGAGCUUCCCCCUUUGAGUGUCCCCAGGUGCCCCUCUGCAGCUCCGUGAGGAUGGGCCGAGAAAGCUGAGUGCAAACGUGAGGGCAGAGUCCUCACUGACAUCAUGCUCCACACUGCGCGUGCGCGGGCUGCUCAUUUAUGCCUCUUAGCCAUGGUCUUGCAGUAAUAGAACAGACCUCAAUGAUCCUCUGCUGUAUUCAGAAUGUAUCCCAAAUAGCAGAGGAUGGCAUGCAAAGUUUUUCUGGAAUUCCACUUGCAAUUCACUUUAGUUCACUGUGCUUUCCUGGUACUUCAAAACUUGUUGCAUACUUGCUUUAACCUGACUGUCUCAAUAGCCACAGAUGCUGCUAGGUAGUACUACUGUUUUAUAGUUUUCCUGGUGCUUGGACUUUUAAAAAAGUUUCUUUAA